CUUCUAUAACUUCUCCGUAACUUUCUUACCUUCGCACCUAAACUAAGUGCGGACUGUUCUUGGUCGCAGUCGACGCACACUACACCUAUUUCGAUACCAUUAUUGUUCACUUUUAGUUGAGCACUCUUUUAUAACCAAUGUCAGCCGUCGCAGCUCAUGGACAUCAAGCGACGGCUGCCUCCUCCUCCCCCUCGCCAAACCAGACGCCGGAGUACAUUACACCGCCCGUUCCGAGCGAUUCACAUUUGUGGUAUGGUGGUGCUCACCAACAAGGAUUGCGUAGUACUUUGACCAAUGAACCUGAGCACAUUAACGUAUACCAUCAUGAAAUUGGCAACCAAACAACAGACAUCACUCUGUUUACAGCGUCCAUGACUGGGAACCUCGCAGUGUUACAAGAACUAUUAAGGACACAUGACCCCAAUAUCACACAACCGUCCACUGGCUUAUCUGCACUUCAUUAUGCAAGCUCAAGAGGUCACAUUCAGUUGGUGAAUUAUUUGCUGGACGACGCUGGCGCCACUGUCGAUCUGGAGGAUAGGGAAGGAGAGCACUGUUGAAAGCUGCAUAUAAUGGACAUACCGACAUUGUUGAGGCGCUUAUUGAAAAGCAUGAUGCUAAUGUUUCGCAUCAAGACAAGGAUGGCUGGU